CUCAUGUCAAUCUUCUCCCAAUAAAUAUAAAUUAUUAAAGUUUUCAGUGAUUAACUACUAACGAGGCAGUUCACAUCAGUUCACACGAUAUAUGAUUAUUUUUAAAGAUAUGGAUGAACUAAAGAUACGAAUUUUAAAGCACCUACCAGAUACGGCAAACGGUAUAGCUGUUUCCAUAGAGUUAAUAGACGAUUUACCGUCUUCAUAUUUAUAUCUUCAAAAAUCAUGUUGUGAAAAUUUUUAUGCUGGGGAUUAUAGUGAAUGUAUUGACAAAUCCAAACCAUUGUUAGAUUAUCUGUGGGAAAAGUUGAAUACUGGGAAUUGGAAAGAUGUUGAUAUAACAUGGCGAGAAGCAUACUAUUUGGUAUCAACCAUGAAAGGGAGUAGCCAAGCUAUAUUGGCUACUGAUAGCAGAGCUGUAGAGCGGAAUACUCAUAGCAUUGCAGAUGCUAUCAAAACAUUUGACAUGGGUUUAUUGAUGGGAGCACCAAUCAUGAACAAUGUUUUAACAAAACUUGUUCAAGAUGUACACACUUGUUUAGAGAAAAUUGACGUCAGUGAUAGAAAAAUAGAACUUGCCAACAAAUGCAUUGAUAACGAUAAAAGUGUUCAGAAUGACGUGGGUCAGUCACUAAAUAAAAAAUUGAGAACGGAUAGUGAAAUAGAUCAAGAGAUAGAAGAGGAAAUUAAAAUCCAAAUUGAUAAAAAUAAAGAAAUAAAACGAAUUAAUUGUCCAUCGCUUGAAUAUUUUAGUGCUACUUUUAAAGAUGAAGGAACUCCAGUUAUAAUAACAAAUGCUAUUAAUCACUGGCCAGCAAUGAGUACAAGGCAAUGGUCGUUAGAUUAUAUAAGGUUAAAAGCAGGGUUCCGAACUGUUCCAAUUGAAAUUGGUUCAAAAUAUACAGAAGACAAUUGGACACAGAAGUUAAUGACAAUAAAUGAUUUUAUUGACAGAUUUAUAUUGGGUUCUCAGAAUCAAACUGGAUACCUUGCUCAACAUCAACUGUUCGACCAAGUACCAGAACUCCGUAACGACAUUUCAAUACCAGACUACUGUUGCCUAGGUAACUCAGAAGAUGUUGAUAUCAAUGCUUGGUUUGGACCUAAGGGAACGGUGUCACCUUUACAUCAUGACCCGAAACAUAAUUUUCUUGUGCAGGUUGUAGGUUCUAAAUAUAUACGAAUCUAUUCACCAACAGAGAAUAGUAAGUUAUACCCUCAUGAUACGUUUUUGCUUGAAAAUACAAGUCAAGUCGAUGCAGAGAACCCUGAUGAAGUAAAGUUUCCAUUAUUCAAUGACGCAUUAUAUUCUGAGGCAAUUUUGAGACCAGGUGAAAUGUUGUACAUACCUCCCAAAUACUGGCAUUUCAUAAAGUCAUUAUACAUAAGUUUUUCCGUAAGCUUUUGGUGGGAAUAAAAGUUAUUUACUAAUUUAA